GCCGGUGUGUUGGCUUGACGGAGGCACUGAGAGACAGGGUCAUCUUUACGUGUCCUGGCUAGGAGAGGGGAGGGUCUCUGCAAAGGAUUGUGUUGCAAGCGGCCAACCAGACAGAUGCACGGAAAUAAGCUGGCGUAGUGUCUUGUUCUUUACAGCCCGUAUCACAAUUGCAAUGAAAUGUGGAAUUUGUUAAUGUCAGUCUCCUUGGCUAGAACGUAAGCGUCAUAAGGGUGGGUAUUGUGCCUGUGUUGUUCACGGUGCCUAGCAAAUAUUUGUUGACGAAUGAAUGAAUGAGAGACCCUUUUGUGUGCCUAGCUAUGUGCUGGUCUUUUGGGAAAAACACACAAGUGAGAGAUCCAGCUUUGGAGUUGAGGGAGCAGGAUAGCACCUAUGUUACUGUUAAAACGAACCUGUGUUGACUAGUCAAAGGUAAUUAUCAGUACCGGGCAGCACUUGUUGAAUGUAAGGCAGCAGACUGGCAGAAGGGAGACCGCGCUGUGGCCCGAGGUAGUCUGGCUGUCUGGGUACUAUCUCUGAGGCGGCACUUGAUUUGGCGAUUAAAUGCACCUGGGUGAGGGCCAGUUCUGGCUUUUCCCAGGCGGGAGACAGGGGUCUGCGUGUCAGAUAUGGCCUCUUCCACUGCUUGGAGGCCUGUGGGCUGCCUGGCUGCAUAAUAUGCGUGGAGGGGUUUAUGAAUUUGCCAGGGCUGCAAUGGAAAAAUACCACAGACUGGGAGGUCUUAAAAAAUGGAAUUUUAUUUCCCCACAGUUCUGGAGGCCAAAAGUCCAAGAGCAAGGUGGCAGCAGGUUUACUUUCUUCUGAAGCCUCUUUCUCUGGCUCGCAGGGUGCAAAUAGCUACGGGCAACUUGGCCUUGGCCAUAAGGAAGAUGUCCUUUUGCCCCAGCAACUGAGUGACUUCUGUAAACCGGAGUGUAUCAGGAGGAUCACUGGAGGAGGGGGCCACUCUGCUGUUGUCACAGAUGGUGGAGGCCUUUUUGUUUGUGGCCUGAACAAAGAUGGGCAACUGGGUCUUGGUCACACAGAAGAUGUUCUGUAUUUUACUGCCUGCAGAUCGCUCCUUGGCUGUCCUAUCCUACAGGUGGCCUGUGGCUGGGAUUUUACCAUUAUUCUCACAGAGAGUGGUCAAGUUUUGUCAUGUGGAUCCAACUGCUUUGGCCAGCUAGGAGUUCCUCACGGCCCUCGAAGAUGCGUGGUUCCUCAGUCCAUUGAGCAGCUCCUGAGAGAGAAGGUUGUUUGCAUUGCUGCUGGACUGAGGCAUGCUUUAGCUGCUACAGCGAGUGGCAUUGUGUUCCAGUGGGGGACUGGUUUGGCAUCAUCUGGAAGGCGGUUGUGCCCUGGGCAGACUCUCCCACCAUUUUUGACAGCAAGGGAACCCAGCAGAGUGACAGGCUUGGAGAAUUCUAAAGUAACCUGUGUUCUUGCUGGCUCAGAUCACUCAGCCUCACUGACAGAUGCAGGAGAGCUGUAUGUUUGGGGAAGCAACAAGCAUGGGCAACUGGCUUCCUUGGCUGCUUUUCUUCCUAUGCCCCAGAAAAUAGAAGCACACUGUUUUCAGAAUGAAAAGGUCACUUCUGUCUGGAGUGGGUGGACACACCUGGUUGCUCAGACAGAAACUGGCAAGGUGUUUACCUGGGGCCGAGCAGACUACGGUCAACUAGGGAGGAAGCUGGCGACUCAUGAAGACUGGAAACUACAAAGUCAGGAUCCAUCGUGCCCCCGCUCAGGACCUCAGAAGAGCAUGCCUUCGCCUCUGCACUGCUUAACAGGAGCAACUGAGUUCUGUGAAAUGGGUGUUGUGUUCCAAUUUUUACCAAGGAAGAACCUAAGGUUCCUAGAGAAAAGGCUUGGCUUGUCCAAGGUCAUGGAGCUGAUCUCUUGUGGCUCAGAGCAUAAUCUGGCUGUGAUUGAUGAGAAAAAUGAGGCUAAAAGAAGGCUGUGACUUGCCUGGCAUAUCAGUGACAGAGCUGGGGGUGGGGAGGCCAGUGAGCUGAGCCCUUGUCUCCUCCAGUCCUCCUGAGGCCCCUUCCCACCCAGCACUGCUGUUGCUCCCCUCUUUGGAAGCCUUUCUGCAUUUAGCUUCUCCAACGCUGAGCUCUGCUGAGUCUCUCCUACCUACCACUCUAACCACCGCUUCUGGCCUCCCUUACCAGCCUCAGAGCCUGGGGCUUGUGAGCGAAAGAGGAAGGAGUAGUUUCUGGUAGCUGGGCCUCUCGCUUCAGCAGCACAUACACUAACAUUGGGAUGAUACAGAGAAGGUCAGCAGAGCCCUUGCGCAAGGAUGACACGCAUAUUGGCAAAUGGGAUUGAAAUCCGGCGAGACUACCCAAAAGCAGGAUGUGAGGAAAUUGAGGCAGAGCCUGCUGAGUUUGCUGUCAGAGUGCUCUGGCAAGCAGUCUAGGCAAGGCUCUGUGGAACUGAAAAAGAAGGAAACCCAGCGACAGUGGCUGGUGAGCAGCAGCUCAGUGAGCUCACACCUGCAGAAAGGCCUGCUUCCACGCAAGCCUCGGAACCUCUGUACCUCUGACCUUUGCCUGUCACCUACAUGUUUCCAGUGGAAGGAAUCUAAGGCUGGAAGGACAAGGGUCACUCUGAUAUUCUCGGGAGGCAAGGGGAUUGAGCUGUCUGUGGAGAAGUCAGGAGCAGGCGGCUCAGCACUUUUUCAGUGACCAGAACGUCCCCUCCCGGGUGGAGAAAGGUGCUGUAGGCGUAGCAAGGCUUUAGCCAACCCAAAGUCCUUGUUUGUCUGUUGCCUUCCCUUCAUUGCAGUCUGGGAACCCGUACCUUGAAGUGCUGUCCUUAAUUAAUUAAUAAAGUUUAUUGCCCUAUAGUGCUCCCCUAGGAUGGAGGUGAUCAGAGGUAGGAGAGGGCAAAGAAAACUGUUUUUGAUUAUGAAAACCUCUACCCAUUCUCUAUGUCUAUUUUAGUCUUCUACAUUGAUCUGUGUUAUUUUCCACACUGUGCUUUUAUAAAAACUAUUUUUCCAGAAGGCACAUAAAGUUCUCCUGAAAGAACUACCAAGUACAUGUGCGUAAAAUACGUCC